AUGACGAAAACAUCCCCGAGAGAACAUUCGAAAGCUGUCAGGCAGUUCGUCAAGUUCAAGGCAGCAUUCGACGACUACGUUUCGAAGCUACCGAAUCCUGGACAAGCACCACCUCCGCCGCCCGCAGGAGUUCCUGCAGCACCACCAGCAGGAGUUCCUGCAGCUCCACCCAUAGGAGUUCCUGCUGCUCCACCCGUAGGAGUUCCUGCAGCUCCAUUUGUGCCAUCACCGUGUGCUUCUCCAAUGGAAACUGCGUCACCGCGGCCAUCGCCAAUAGCACAACAAGUGGGUGCAGCCCCACCGCCAGUUCGGGCAGUGCAGACGGCCAACGCGCAUCCUGCGCCGCAAGUUCCUGUUCGGCCACCAACUGCUGCUCCUGCACCGCAAGCUCCUGUUCGCCCACCGGUUCCUUCUCCUGGUGGUGCAGCUCCAUUCCGUGGCACAGUGGGAGCACCAGGUGGACCGCCUGGAGCUGUGAAGAAUGCCAACCCUCCAUGGCCGCCAAGACAAGGAGCCACAAAUCCCGGAGCGAUUGUAUCUGCUCCGGCAUUUUCCCCGCAAGACAGAGGUGAUGUCACCUACUACGAACUGCAAGGUCACUACAUGAAUGUGCCGUUCUCCUCCAUCGAACCCGGACACUCAGAGGAUAAUCAAGCGGUGGUCGAGCAUAUCUCGCAGACGGUUCCUUUUGCUUUCAUUUCAUGA